AGGUUUGGUUGAGGACGUCAGAAAGAGGCGGAGAAGGAGAUGAUUAGAUGGGAGUGACAAGGGUUAACUAGGUAAGUGAAUCAUAGCGUAACUUUAUCUCCAAGAUAUGAUAACCAUCCGCUCCCUCUACUCCACCCACGGGACAUUACCCGGCCUUUCGGGGGUAAUAGCCGCGGCAGCUUCGGUGGCUCGACCGACGUCGGAGGGAGGACAACAGUCACACGAGCCCGGACCCCUGAUUUCCGGACCCCAGUCGAUCGUCGAACUGUGUAUACAAAUCACGCAUCAGCCAUGUCUGCACAUAUAUACUAUUACUGCUGACCCUUGCACUUCUAACCCCGAGCUUGAGCCGUUCUCUAGACUUUGGAAAGCUUCAUCAAUUAGCCAUUCUGCAGAAGCAGGUUUACCCGUCAUGGCGCCGAUAUACUCAUACGCGUGGUCCUCGUCCACGUCCUCGUCGUCUACUUCGUCUUCUACCACGACGACUACCACUACAAAGAGAGCAGUGGAGCCAACUCCCCCAUUCAGGUUCAGCUACGCCGCUUCUCCUUCGUCUUCUUCGAAAUGGCAAUACUUCACUGCCCCCUCGGCCUCGUCUUCCCAACAAGCCUUUCCCCCUUCGCCACUAUCCUCUUGUCCUUCUCCCCGGAGCUCUGCCGGCCAGAGCAACACCCGCGAGCUCGAACACGACCAGGAACAGCUUAAGCAGCACCAUACCAUCGCAUCCGCUUCACUAAUUACAGAUCCGCGCUUCACUCUACCAACGCCACCACCGCUCAGCCGGGUGUCUACACCUGGCCCUGGCUCGGCGUCAGCACCUCCCUCAUCUGCCGUCGCAACAUCGACUGCUACAUCAGAUGCCUCCUCCGCCGCAUCUUCCUCUCCGCUGCUCCGGCUCCCGCUCGAGCUUCGCAACCAGAUAUACAGCUAUCUCCUGCCCACCACCAUCAUGGUACCAGGGUAUACCAAAAAGCACGCGUGGCUACGGGGCCACACCGCAAUUCUUGCUACAAAUAGGCAACUGCACGAAGAAGCCGCCACAGAAAUGUACGGCAACGCCAUGUUCGAGCUCGAAGUGGCAUGGGCGGGCAUAUCAUUUGGAUACAGAUGGCUGCUUCCUUCCGGGCUGGUCCCGAACCGAACGUACCCUUUUCCAGAGUACAUUUCAGGGAGAUACACGCAGCGCAUUCGCAAGUUUGACAUCACCGUGCACCAUGUCGACAGCUAUACCGGCAUGGUCAAGUACAAUUAUGGCGGAAUGGGCCUGACAGAUGGCCUGCGCGACCAAGUGGCUAAGCUGUGCCGCGUGUUGGCGGAAUGCGAGCAGCUGCAGGAACUUCGUGUCAAGCUAAUCGAUGGCAAUUGUCGAGGCGCGUGGGGCGACCAUCGUGGCCAAACGGUCUUGGAGCCCCUGCGUGACCUGCGUGGCGUGCCAAGAGUGUCAAUUGCAGGCUCGACAACACCAGAAUAUGCGAAGAGAUUAAAGGAUGACAUGGAGCAUGAUGCAGGCCGAGCUCCAAUUCAGGAUUAUUUCUCCUUGCCUUCUUCGUUGUCACCGUCACCGUCACUGCAGGAAACACCUGAAACAACGUCUACAAUCGGCACACCGACGGGCCGCGCACACAGCAGACCCUCACAUAUUUUCAAUGAUGAUUUGGCUUGUGAUGUUUUUGAGAUGUGAGGAUUGAUUUCGACCAUAUGAUCUUAUUUACCUUCCGUGACGCUUUUCUUUGCAUUGGGCUGUUGUUUGUGUUUGCCUGGGGAGACAUCCGGUGUCCGAUGUGAAAAGGGAGGAGCGAGAGCAUCCUGCAGGAGCUGCCAUAUCGCGCAGGGCGUUUUUGGGUGUUGGUAUCGAUGUUGGUGUUUUUUUUUCCGGGUAUUUUUUGAAUUCGGGUAUAUUUGGUUACAUGUCGGAUUUGGAUCCAACCGUAAGACUUGCAGACUUACACAACAUGAACGCGCCAGUAGAUGUGUUUCUUCUACCCACUGAUGCGUUCAUGUACAGAAUGACGGAGGAAAUACCCCUUGGUACCAAAGAUACCUUAGCUAGUAUCUUAUAUAGAGACAAAAAGAAACAUCUAUAUUAUUCAAAAUUCAAUUUGAGCUUGAUAUUCGGGAC